UAUAUAUAGGAGCUUCCAUGCAUUCUAAGGCCAUCCUUUCCAUCACUGAAUACUCAUAUCAUUCCAUAGUCACCAGAUCCAAAACAUCCUCCAACAACAAAGAGAGCACCGACACGACUUCACAAUGUCUCCAACCGCCCCUUCCUCCAACCACGACACAAUCUCCCCAGCAAUUUUCUACUGGGGCACCCCCGUCGUCCUCAUCACCACCGAAAACGAAGACUCAACCUUCAACAUCGCCCCCAUGUCAUCCGCCUUCUGGCUCGGCAACAGAUGCAUGCUCGGUCUCGGCGGCAUAUCGCAAACCACGAUAAACCUCCUCCGCACCAAGCAGUGCGUCCUCAAUCUCCCCUCGGACGACAUGACAGAUGCCGUCAAUGCCCUAGCUCGAACCACUGGCUCGAAGGAAAUCCUCACCGCGCAGCCUGGCGAGGGAUAUAAAUACUUCAAGCGAAUGAACGGCUACGAAUACGUCCCCGACAAAUUCGGUCGCGCGGGACUUACGCCUAUACAAUCUGAUAUUGUCCGCCCGGCUAGAAUCGCAGAGUGCCCGGCGCAGAUGGAGGCAGAGCUCGUGGGGGUAUAUGAGAUGGCUCGGGAUGCGGAUACGAAGGGGUUCUUUACGUUGGAAGUUAGGGUCGUUAGAACGCACGUGCAUAGGGAGAUUAGGAUGGAGGGGUCGAAGAAUCGGAUUGAUCCUGAUAAAUGGCGGCCGAUGAUUAUGAGCUUUCAGGAGUUGUAUGGGUUGAAGGGGAAGGUGGUGGAUGAAUCGGUGUUGGCGAGGAUAGGGGAGGAGGAGUAUAGGGGGUUCUCGAAUUCGGUUGAGGUUGAGGAGAGGAAUUAG